CGGUUCUUUGCAACGGAAACAUCAACCUUGAAAAAAGGGAUUAUAGAAUUCCAUUUUGCAGAAAAGGUCAUUAACAGCGACAGAACAGAGAAUGAUUACCCAAACAUCAUCCAUCCAGGCCCUCCUCCUCAUAAACAAACUUCCAAAACUUUCCUAGUUCCCAUUUUGCCCACGAGUGCUUUCUUUUUCCCUUUUCUAGAACAAGAAAUAGUAGUUGUAUAAUCACAUAUUUGGAAAGAAAGAAAACAAAAAAAGUCUCAACGGGGCCGUCGUGACAACAGAAAAAAAGCCCAUAAAGUAGGAAUAACAGGAUUCAACGUUCAAAACUGAGAAAGGUCAAACUCAACGCAAAAAGCCAUCAUCCAUUUUCAUUUUUCAAUUAUUGCAACUUGUAAUAAGAGAAAUAAUCAAUGGUCACAGUCACACUUUUCUUCUUCCCAUAGCCUCUCUCUCUCUCGCUCGCUACUUCAAUGGCGAAAAAACGGCUUCUCUGCUUAUCCGUUCUCAUCGCGCUUCUCGCCGUCACCGCAGGAGAUUCUGGCGACGGCUCCGAACUCGACUACUCCAAACUCUCCGGAAUUAUAAUCCCAGGCUUUGCGUCUACUCAGCUUCGAGCAUGGUCUAUUCUUGACUGUCCUUACUCUCCGCUCGAUUUCAAUCCUCUCGAUUUGGUUUGGCUCGACACUACCAAACUUCUUUCUGCCGUGAAUUGCUGGCUUAAGUGCAUGUUGCUGGAUCCUUACAACCAGACAGACCAUCCUGAUUGUAAGUCCCGUCCUGAUAGUGGUCUUUCUGGAAUUACUGAACUAGAUCCAGGUUAUAUAACAGGACCUCUUUCAUCUGUAUGGAAAGAAUGGAUUAAGUGGUGUAUUGAAUUUGGGAUAGAAGCUAAUGCAAUAAUGGCUGUUCCUUAUGAUUGGAGACUGUCACCCUCCAUGCUUGAAGAAAGGGACCUUUACUUUCAUAAGCUUAAAUUGACAUUUGAGACUGCUUUCAAACUUCGAGGUGGCCCCUCUUUAGUUUUUGCCCAUUCAUUGGGUAAUAAUGUUUUUCGUUAUUUCUUGGAGUGGUUGAAGCUAGAAAUCGCCCCAAAACAUUAUAUCCAAUGGCUAGAUCAACAUAUUCAUGCCUAUUUUGCUGUUGCAGCUCCCCUUCUGGGUGCAACUGAAACCAUUGAAGCAACGCUUUCUGGAUUCACAUUUGGCCUUCCUGUAUCUGAGGGAACAGCUAGAUUGAUGUUCAACUCCUUUGCUUCAUCAUUGUGGAUGAUGCCGUUUUCCAAGUACUGUAGAACAGAUAAUAAAUAUUGCAAACAUUUUUCCGGAGGAAAGCAUGUAGGCACCCCUUCAUAUCACUGUGAUGAGAAGGAGUUUAAGUCAAACUUAUCUGGAUGGCCAACAAAGAUAAUCAACAUUGAAAUCCCCUCAACUCUUGGUCAGAUUGAUGAUACUUUUGCAUUUUCUAAAAUACCUGAGGCCAACUUGUCCGGAAUGGAAUGUGGACUACCUACUCAACUAUCUUUCUCAGCUCGUGAAAUAGCAGAUGGCUCCUUUUUCAAGGCAAUUGAAGAUUAUGACCCUGACAGCAAGAGGCUCUUGUACCAGUUAGAGAAAUCAUACCUUGGUGAUCCUGUUCUUAAUCCACUUACACCUUGGGACCGGCCACCAAUAAAAAAUGUCUUCUGCAUUUAUGGCACUAAUUCAAAGACAAAGGUUGGUUACUACUUUGCCCCUAGCGGCAAGCCGUACCCUGAUAACUGGAUCAUUACAGAUGUCGUUUAUGAGUAUGAAGGAUCUCUAUUCUCAAGGUCAGGGAAUCUGGUUGAAGGGAACCCUGGAGCUAUAAGUGGUGAUGAGACGGUACCAUACAACUCCCUUUCGUGGUGCAAGAACUGGAUGGGACCAAAGGUGAACAUCACAAGAGCUCCUCAGCAAGAGCACGAUGGUUCAGAUGUACAGAUUGAUUUGAAUGUGGAACAUCAACAUGGAGAAGAUAUUGUUCCAAACAUGACCAGAUCACCUAGGGUUAAGUACAUAACAUAUUAUGAAGAUUCUGAAAGUCUUCCAGGAAAGAGGACAGCAGUUUGGGAGCUUGAUAAAGCAAAUCACAGGAACAUUGUUAGAUCACCAGUGCUAAUGAGGGAAUUAUGGCUUGAAAUGUGGCGUGAUAUCCAUCCUGAUGCAAAAUCACAGUUUGUCACAAAAGCUAAGCGUGGACCUCUAAGAGAUGAAGACUGCUAUUGGGAUUAUGGGAAAGCUCGUUGUGCAUGGGCAGAGUAUUGUGAAUAUAGGUAUGUUUUUGGUGAUGUUCACUUGGGACAAAGCUGCAGGUUGAGAUAUACUUCAGCUGAUUUGUUGUUGCAUUAUUUGUAAAUAAGAAGAUGCUGGUGGGAUGGCAAUUUUUUCUCCUGGAUGAUACACUACACUUGAAUAUCAGAAUUCCUCCUCCGAACAACUGGUUUUUUAAAUUUUAGUCAUUCUUCUGCAUCCUAGACUUGUUGGGGCACUGUGCUCAAGCAAAUUUUUUGCUUGCCUGUUUGGAACUUCAACCCAACUUCAUAGCUCCUUCUUUAUCCACUUCACAAUUUGUAUAGUAUAUCCCGGACCUGAACUUAGUCAAUGUAGUGUUCUACUGUUCCUUGCAGCAGGCAUGAGGCAUCUCCCACUGAAAUAUUACUGGCGGCAACUGAAAUUUGCCAUCAUUUGCUUGGAGAAAGGAAGUUCAGGCUACUACCUUGUAUUAUUGAAACACGAUUAACACUGCCAUUAAGAUAGGUGCUACUUUUUACUUCUGGUUACUUCCAGUUUCCACUUUGCCAUCCCCGAGAAAUAACAGGCCAGAAUUUUGGUGGAUCUAUAAAUCAUUAUUUGUCAAUUGGUUGAACAUGUUAUAUUGAUAUUGAUAUUGAUAUUGAUAUGUACAAUCCAUUGUUAGAAAAGGUGGAUAUGGGAAUUGAGAGUAUGUAGAGAAUAUAGACGACAAUAGUGAAGCUGAAAAAAUCUUUGUUUUCUGUUUU